AUGAUACGUAAUAUUAGUGAUGAAGAAUUUCAUGCUAUAAAAACAUUAAAGAAUAAUAAAGAAAUCAUCAUAAGUCGUGCUGAUAAAGGAAAUGCUAUAGUAAUAAUGGAUAGAAAAGAUUACAUGGAAAAAAUGCAACAAAUUCUAAAAUUAAAGCAGUUUAUACAUACUCCUAACUCACUACUCAAAGAAAAAGAAAAAGAAAUGAAUAAUUACCUUCGUCAAUUACAUAACGAAAAUGUUAUAACUAAACAAUUAUAUCGUCAAUUAAGUUCUACUUGCUCUUCCUUAUCUUGUAUGUAUGGACAGCCAAAAAUACAUAAACAAGGCUACCCAUUAAGACCUAUUAUCUCAUCAAUUGGAAGCUAUAACUAUGAAUUGUCUAAAUAUUUAGCAAAUCUAUUGAAAAAUAAUCUUACAACUAAAGCGGAUUCUUUCAUACGCGACUCUUUUGACCUAGUAACAAAAAUAAAAAACAUUAAUUGUAAUAAAAAUCUAAUUAUGUGUAGUUUCGAUGUCGAUGCAUUAUAUACUAAUGUACCUGUAAAAGAAGCAAUCGAAAUAGCUGUGAAUGAUAUGAUUAAAUCUAAAACGAUUAACAACACUCCGUUUAAUAAAAUCUAG